UGAAGGAAGAAUGAUUCAUGGCGCUGGUUGUAUUUUCGCUUGCCUCUUGGCAGGCAGUUCUUUUGUGCCUAUUGUUUGCUCUGAUAUACGUAGGGAGCUUAUAUGUUUGGGCUAGUGUUGGAAAUAAAACUAGAGACCAUCCUGAUGUUAUCAAAAGAAGGUUUAUGAGUGUAGCUGUCAUUUCUGUUAUAGUUCCACUACUAUUAUGUUGUUUUGGUACAGAAUCCAGCAAAGGGGAGACGUUGUUAGAAUGGAUGGGAAUAAGAUUUAAAGGUUUUCUACCAGCAUUAUUGAUUCCACUUGGCCUUACUAUGAUUUUAUUCACAGGACCAUUAACCUUACAUUACAUGGAUGGUGUAUUCGGUUUGUACUUAGAGCCAAAGUAUUGGACACAAAGUGCGACAAAUCUAGUCUGGUUAAGGAACCAUAUAGUCGCUCCAUUUUCUGAAGAAUUUAUAUUUAGAGCCUGUAUGCUGCCAUUACUGGUUCCCUGUUUUGGUCAAGGUUUAUCUGUGUUCCUCUGUCCACUGUUCUUUGGAGUUGCACAUGUUCAUCACAUGAUAGAAAAAGUGACAACAGGUGGAUUAGAUGUUAAAACAGCAUGUAAACAGUCAUUAUUCCAGUUAACAUACACAACACUAUUUGGUAUCUAUUCAGCAUUCUUAUUCCUACGAACAGGUCACUUGAUAGCACCUGUGAUAGCCCAUGCUUUUUGUAAUCACAUGGGAUUUCCAUCGUUUGGUGAAGUGAUGGGACAUCCACAGCCAGUUAAACACAAACUUAUCGCUAGCUUUAUUCUGGGACUAUUCAUGUGGAUAGUACUGUUCUAUCCAGUUACUACUCCUUUUCUGUAUUCUAAUUAUAUUUAUGAUUCAUUGUAGUGAACUGUAUUCUGUAAUAAACCUUGAGGGGUCAUGAUUGAAGUCAGAUAUCAGUGCUUUAGUUAGAAUUUAAGGACAUCAGUUAAGAUGAAGGGCAUGUAAGCUUGAUUGCUUGUCCCAGAAGGGAAACCAGAUCAUUUGUAUAGAUACAAAAAGUAAUGAAAAAUAAUGAAUAAAGUAAUGUUUUUUUUGCUGGAUUGAUGGUAUUUUGAGCCCCAGUAGUAAAAUAUUUUUUUAACACUGACCAGAAAAGUGUCUAUUUUACUUCUAGAAAUAAAAUGUUAAGAGGAGAGGGGAGCAGAUAAAGGGCAGAGGGUUGCACAUAAAGGGCAUAGGGGGCACAUUAAGGGCAGAGUGGAGCUGCACCUCUCUGUUAUGGCCUAGCUAGGACACUGGAUAUUGUGUUGGUGAUUGCAGAAUGUUUACUCGAGUUAAACCUUCCCUGUUAGAAAAGGAAAAUUAGAAAUACAAAACUGUGAAGCAAAAAAUAUUUAUAAAUCAAUGUUGAAUAUGUUUUUCUUAUAAUAUUGUACCAAAUAUUUCUAGAAUUCAACAAUAAUACCAGUCAUUUCUUCUAACAAUACCUAAAUGAUAAAAAAAUUGUUGCGCACUGAAAGGAUAUUUCCAUAGUUACAUUUUGAUUCAAUAUAUGGUAGGGUUUUAAGAGGUUCAUUGCAACUUUUUAUUAUUCAAACAAUAAGAAAAAGGUGGCAGAAUAAGGGAAACGAAGCAUUUUUAAGAUCUGCAAAGUGUUUUUCGCUGUGUGUGGUCAUGAUUGAAAAUCACAUAUCUAACGUAAUUUUAAUAGUUUCCUUUAUUAAAAAAAUUCAAAUGAGACCAAAAUUUUCGGAAAAAAACAUAAAAAGGAAAACAGGAAUCACCAAUUAGAUUGGACCACACAUUUAUUUCUUAUUGUUUUUUAGAUGCUUGAAAAAGUUGGUACUUAAUUUUAAAAGGGAUAGUGCAAAAAUAUUGAAGAAAUUAAUCAAUGCAAUAUAAUAUAUUUCUGGGGAUAAUUUUUUUCAUUAUGAUUGCAGUAACCUUGUAUUUUGUGUUAAAGUAUUAUGCUUAAAAGUUGAGUUAAUAUGCAAUUUACUGUAAAUUUGUGUUGUGGUAAUAUUUUGUUUGAAUUGUGUUAUGUUCUAGCGUAUGAUUAUGGGUAGAUUUCGUUUCUAUAUUUUAUAGAUUUUUAACAUAUGUUGCAUUGUGUGUUAGUUUAAUAAUUAUGAAACAAAUUAUUUAAUUUAUGGAGUUGUUAUUUAUGUUAAUAAGAAAUUAAAACUCUGUUUUCAAACAUUACAAUGCUGUAGUCAAAAGUUAUGCAUAAAAUAUACUUUAAAACAUUUGAACACUUGUUAUCAAGGCGUGUUUCAACAUCUCAAUUUGGUGGUUCCAAAAGUUAUUUUAGCAUAGUUAAAAUGAUUGAGGGUAGUAAAGAGGGAAUAUUAAAUAAAAAAUGAUUUUACUAUGAUCAUAAAAUAAUUUUGGCUAUUUACAAGAAACAACAAAGAUUUAGAUUGAAAACAUGUAAAGGGAAAAAUCUCACAAUCAUGCUACAUGAAUAAGCCUUAACCACCCUUCUAAUUGGUGCAAUUUUCGCUGUUUCAGAAUCUAAUGCAUUCUGGGUAAUAUUUUCAAAAGUGUACACCGAAACAUCAUAAUAAAAUAACCCAUAGUCCUGUAGAUUCUGAAUCUAACAAUUGUCUAUUUUUAGAUAGAGAUGUAAGGAUAUAAUUAAAACACAACUUGCACAUGUUUCAUGCAAUGUUUGAAUGGUAAAAACAUACUCUAACCACUUAAUAUAUUUAUUUCUUGAUAGUACCAUGAUGUUUUCUAAUGAAUCAAAAUUGGUUUUUCAACAUUAUAAAGGUAGUGUGAGGUCACAAUAAAAUAGUGUCUGGUUUGUGUUUUAGAAAUCAGUAUAUGUUCAUAAUUUAUUGAGUCUUAUCAGUAAAUUUUGAAAAUCUUUACAGCUUUAGGCAGCUUGUCAGGUGUGGCAAAUUAGUCAUCUUACACAUUCAAUACUAUGAAGAGUAAUAUGUGUAAAUCUUUUGAAAUGCUGAAAAAUCAAAUGCUUUCCAUGACAAUAAGUUAUGGGGUAUUGAACUCAGAAAAUGCAAAAUGCAUGUAAGGGCUGUUCCAUUUGAACACACAAGUGACUCAGGGAAGGCACUUUGAAAUCUCAAAUAUGGACGGAGGUCAAGUACAGUGAAAAUGUAAGUGAAAUUCUAAAUUUAACUCUAUAGGAGGUUACUCCAUUUUGAAAAUGCCCUCUCUGAGUACCAUGUAUGUUUAAAUGGAACAGUCCUAAUCAUAUUUAAACCAAUUAUAGAUGUUAAUUGAUUUUUUUUUUACUUAGAUAUUGAUCAUGUAGAUUUAUAUAUUUGAGGUGAAAUUCAUAUAAUUUAAUGUGAUAUUGAUAUUUGUGUCUGAAAUGUAAUUUAUGUUAAAUGAUAGAACAAUUUCAAGAAACGUACAUUGCAUAUACAUUCAUAUAAAAAUAAGGAGAUGAGGUAUUUUUACAUUUUAUCAGAGUAAAUCAUGUAAAUGUUCAUAUAAAGAUGUUGAUGUUGAAUUGUAAAAAAACCCACAUGUUUCAAAACCCAAAAUAUGCCAUAUGAAUUAAAUUGGUUCUAAAGAAUGAUUAACUAGGUAGGAAUGGGAGAUUUCAUUGUGUUCAUAGGUUACAAUAUUAUUGUCAUAUAUAAUACUUUGGGAUCUUUUAUUUUCUUUGGUGCCAAUUUUGGUGGAUUGCAGAAAACUUGCAAUUUUGUGAAUUUAAUUGCAUGGAUUUGCCUAAGUCUGCAUACAACCUUAUAGAAAAUUUGUCAUUCGAUGAACAUUUAAAUUUGUGGUUCCACACGAAUUGGUAUCCUGUGAAUAAUAAUGAAUCCACAGUAUUUAUUCCUUAUUCCUAAAACAUGGUAAGGAAUAGAAAAGUUGAAAAAAUAUACAUUAGUAGUAUUAAGAGAGAUCAAAAAUGAUAUCAGCAUUAAGGAAAUUACACAGUAUUUAAAAAUACCAUUGAAACCUCAUUACCUGUUUAAAGGCUGGCAUAGCUAUAUUGUAUUUUUUACUUUUCACUUAAAUGGAAAUCUUCAUUUUGGGGGAAAGAUUAAAUGAUUUUCUAUAUAUAUAGAUGUUGUAUGCAAAGAAUUUAGUUUACAGUUCAUAUGGUGUUUUGAUUUACAUCUCAUUUGUAUUUAAUUUUUUAAAAAAUUAAAUGUUAGCUGUUUUAAAUUUUUUUUUAAAUGUUAGCUGUAUUGAUUAUGGAAAGUGGUUGGGAAAGGUGGUUAUACUUUUUAUUAAAGUCUUAUUAUUCUUUCAUAUUUCCAAAUCAUUUCUAACGAAAGAAAUUGUUGAGUAUUUCUUCCAACUGUACUGACAUUCCUCUGUUCUAUUAUUAUUAUGAAAAGAUUCCUCCCAUUUCAGUAUAUAUAUCCCCUUUUAUGAUCUUAUUGACUUUAUUCAUUUUUCAAAUGUAGUUUCUCAAUAAUGACAAAAAUUGGAGAAAAAUAUAUAAAAGGUGAGGAAUUUAUGGCCUUAUUUAGCCCAGGAUACAGUGUAAUUUUAAUAUUAUGCAUGAUUAAUUAGCUUUGAAGAACCAUUCUUUUCAGAUGCAUUCUGGAUAAUAUUUUGAAAUAUUACACUGAAGGAUUAUAAUAUAAAUAUAAAAAUAUUUUAAUUGUUGAAAAAUACAGAAUUUUUAAAAAUUUUGUCUGUUUUACUCUAAUGUUAAGUAUUGAAAUUGCCUCUGUAAACAAGCAACAACUCUAUAUUUAAAGUUUGGAAAAAAAAGAAUGCCAAAUAAAGUCUUUAAUGCGACUUUUAUUUUCAUCAUAUUUUCUGUUGUCUUUUUCUGCCAGUAAUCAACAAGAUGUCUUCGUAAUGCUUUUCAUUUUUCAUGUGUUUUUCGUCCAAAUGAAAAUUGUUUAUAAGUCACUUGAUUAUGUAGAACCACUUUUGCUUCUUUUUAAUAUGAUAAAUUAUUUAAUGUAUCGGAGAGAUCUAGGCAGAUUGUCAGCACUUCAGUUUACAUGAGCCGACCUCUUCUGCCAGAUGGGUAAGAGCCAAGAUGAAGAGGGGGCACCUGAUAUGUCAGUAGAGUGUCAAUUGAUACAUUGGAAAUAUAAUAAUACUUCAUCGGUUGCAUGGUAUCCAAAAUGUUGUAUUUUGUUAGCCAAUCACAACUUUUUGAUGUAUGUUUUCAAAAAUAUUACCCAGGAUGCACUAGUUCAUUUGUUCUGAAGAUACUGUAGUGUAAUUUAUGAAAGGAAAAUGGUGUUCAGUAUCAAUAACCAAUAAAUUUACCUAAUUUAGUAACAUCAAUGUUGUGAAAUUAAAAAUACAAAAUGUACUUCCUUGUAGCCAAACUUCAUGCUUCAAAUUUGUUGUUCAUCAUAUUCUAUCUUGUACAUCAUUUGAAUGGCUGUCUCCGUCCUUUUGUCAUAUUAUGUCAGCAAUCCUUCAUGUUAAAAUGUUACAGUAGUUGUAAAAGCUUAACAAAUGUUCCGUAGAGUAAAAGUUAAACAUAAUGUAUAAUUCCAGCUACAUGUUCAUUUAAUGGAUGGCUUGUUUUUAAUGUAUUUUUUAUUGCAUAACGAUAGAUAACAGCGUAUAAGAUGAAACAGGAAUGAAAUUUAAAUAUCACCAUCUUAAAAGGAAACAGUUGAAAGGAAAUAAUUCCAGAUGGCAGUGUUGUCAUGUGUAUCAGUUAAUGAGAUGCCAGAAGUCUAUAUCUGUAGAUAGUCCAUUGUUUACAGGGUCUAGAUUUUGGGUUUAUUGUUUAGUUGGAUUGCUGCCUUUUUUUUUCUGACAGAUUCAUUUAUCAGUUGAUAUUGUGAUGAACUAAGUGCUUUUCAUGUUUCUUUUUAAAAUCAUAUCAUGUAUAUAACUCUCUAUGCAUAAUGUACUUUUUACUGUAACCAUGCUGUGUUUGUUGUUGAAUGAUAUGGACUUACAAAUGUAUAUUGUUAUAGUCAAUGACUGUUUAAAGGCUAAUAUUUUUGGCAACAGUAUCUUUAAUAGGUCUUACAUUUUUCUUUCUUGGCAACAAUUUUUUAGGUCUAACAUUGAUCUUAUCUUUUUUCUGUCAUGAAUAAGUAAAAAUUCACUCGUAUUGACUUUUUCUGCUGUCUUAUUCCAAGUCCAAAAUAAAAAAAAAUAUGCAUAAAUAUUGUUUCAUGUGGAGAAUUCAUUUAUGUUGAUGGUUUAUAUCAGUAUUUGUAAACUAAUGGGGGGGGGGGGGGGGGGAGAAUUUUCAUGGAUACCUGAUUUCAUGGUUUCAUACUAAUGAAAAUUGUAUUUUGUUGAACAUUAAAUCUGUGGUUUACCUUUAACCAUGGAAUCCACAAAAAUGAGAUUCCCACAGAUAAUAAUGAAUUCAGGGUCAUUUUAAUUAUUUCAGUUUAAAGGGAAUAACUAUACUUUGUCUUGAAUGUAAAUUAUAUUUCUACUUUUCAUGACACAAAACACACAUGAAGCCUCCGUUUUUACUAAUCUCAACCGGAGAAAAUAUUUGGUUAUUUUACAUAUAUUCACAACUCUUGACAAUGUCUUCUCUAUACUUUGUAAGUUGUUUUAGUUUUUGUUUGUAUGACUAUUUUAUAUUUAACCUAUUAUGAAAUGUUAAAUUAAAAUUGAUGUGAAAAACUG